AGAUCAUACUGAUCUCGUCCAACAAACGUUGUAUAAAUACGCCAAAUAGUUCUCUAUCGUCUGCAGUACAAUAGAAAGAACGCUUCAUAAACAAACAUAUGCAACAGACGUACUGAAUUCGAGAAAAAAAUCAUUGGAAAAAAGUAGUUGCUCAAUCGUAAGAAAAGACUCUUGUUGUGUUGUUUUUGAGUUAUUUGUUGAAAGGAUUUAUUAUUUAAAAGGCUGAACAUGGCAAGUGUUGUAGGAAAAUGGAAACUUGACACGUGCGAAAACUUUGAAGAAUACAUGAAAGCUAUAGGCGUUUCUGAUGAAAAACGAGCAGACGCACACAAAUACCUGUCUACAGGAUCUGACAUGAGCCAAGAGUUUAAAGCUGAUGGUGAUAAUUGGACGAUGACAACGUGUUCUGCUGGCAAAGAACUUUCAGUACAGUUCUCGUUAGGGAAAGAAUUUGAUUCCAUGACUUUAGAUGGUCGCCAAAUAAAGGUAACUUUUACAACUGCUGGGGACAGUCUGGUGGAGAAACAGAAGGGUGACGGUUUUGAAUGUACUCAUGUUAGAAAGGGAGACGGAAACACACUGACAAUGACAUUGACGGGUGGAGGACAGACAUGUAUAAGAAAGUUUACCAAAAUAUAACCACAUUCCACUGGUGCCAAUUAUUGACAAGAAACUUCUAUUUUAAUACUCCAAUAACAAAUUAUACAUUUGUUUAAUUUAGUAUUCGUAAUGCAUAUAUU